AUGCCAGCAGAAGAAAGAGUCGUGUUCUGGUCGUCUUCGACAGGCGUGGGUGGCGAGCCCCCGUCGCGGCCCAGCGCCCACUGGGACGACCCCCACUUCAGGCCCCGCUUCGACAACAGCACCGAAAGGAACGUGACAGCCCAGUUGGGGAAGUCGGCCUUCCUGCGUUGCAGGAUCACGCAGCUCGGAGACAGGACGGUCUCGUGGGUGCGCCAGCGCGACCUGCACAUCUUGACGGUGGGGACGUACGCGUACACGUCGGACCAACGGUUUCACUCGAUCCACCUGGAGGGCUCUGACGACUGGACCCUGGAGGUGCGCUACACCCAGAAGGGGGACGCCGGCGUCUAUGAGUGCCAGAUUUCCACCGAGCCCAAGAUGAGCCUCAACGUCUCGCUCGCCCUCGUCGUGGCCAAGGCUCGCAUCCGGGAGGGCUCGAACCUCUACAUCCAGAGCGGCAACACCAUCAACCUGACGUGCGUGGUGACGGACAGCCGGGCGCCCCCGGUCUACGUGUUCUGGUACCACGACGACCGCAUGAUCAACUACGACUCGGCGAGGAGAGCUGGCAUCCGGAUGGCGACGGAGAGGGGGCAGUCGACCACUCUGUCCAGACUCCAGGUGCCGGACGCCGCCACGGAGGACUCUGGCAACUACUCGUGCAUCCCGUCGUACGCGGACCCGGCCAACAUCACCGUGCACGUGCUCAGCGGGGAAAAACCCGCAGCGAUGCAGCACGGCAGCCAGGGAAAUCUCAGUGAGAGGUCGCAAUCAUCGCGGCAUCUCGUCGCGGGAGCGCUGUUGUUAUGCCGAGUUUUCAUUCACGUCGGGGUGCAGAGAUAG